AUGGUGGUCCGGGAGGCGAGCGCCGCGCAGGCCGCCUUAAGCCUGGUGCUGCCCCAGCUGUGCUACCUGCACAUCUUCCUGGCGCAGGUUUGCGGGAGCUUUGAGGAGUGGAGCACCGGGGAGAUGGGUGCGGCCGUGGGGCUGGCCGAGGGCCUGGCCCUGCAGCUCUCCACAGACCACCACCUCCCUGAGCUCUUCCACCGUGAGGAGUUCGUGAUGGCGACCCUGCUGGACCGCUUCAAGGGCAGGAUAGAGGCCGCCCUCCCCGAGGGGGCUGACAUCAACCAUUGGAAGCAAGUUCUCGUGUACGAGGUGAAGGAGCUCGUGGCGUCUGAGUACUCCUGCCGCCCUCCCCUUCCCUGCAGGGCCCCACUGCUGUGCGUGUGGACGCCCCUGAGCCGCGCAGGAGCCAGGAGCCCUGGGGCCGAAGGGAAGGGCCGGGAAGCGCCCGAGCAGAGAAGCGGGACCUCUGGGUCCUUGCUGCUGGGCCAGAGGGAGAGGAGCCUCCCGGAGCAGGUGGAGAGCCGGGGUCUGCUGGUCUCGGAGAGGAGCGGCGCUUCCCUUUCCACGGAGAGCCACCUGGUCAGCAUCAUCCGCAAGAAGUGCCUGCGUGAGAACGAGACAGUGGGUGUCCAGGAGGACCCCUUGCUUAUUGGCAGAAGCGGCGGGACGUCCGGCCAGACCUGGCGAGACUGGCCACCAUCUAUCCUGCACCCUGACGGGCGCCUUCUCUGCAAACCAACCUGGAGCAUCUCCCAAGCUACACCCGCGCCCCUUAUCUUCCCCAGCAGGGACCUGGCCGAGGCGCGCAGGCCGCGGCUCUCCUUGUUCUCGGAGAGGGGAGGCCUGGACCGGCGAGGCACCAGGGUGGGGGUGUGUGAGGAAGACGAGGGCAGUGAAAGGGAGGAGGACGUGGGCACGCGCACACCGUUCUCUGCCCGCCCCCUUGUUCUUUCCUUCCCUUUGCGCACCACCUCCAUCCCCAUCGCUGGCGGGGUUCCUCAGGGCACCGCUUCCCCCUCAGCCCGUCGCCCUGGCGGCGGCGGGGCAUUUGAACACGGGGCUGUGGCUCUUCCCUGGAGGCCUGGCGUGUUGUCCUCCCCACCCCCGGCUGCUCAUCGACGGUGCCUGGACCCCGUCAUCCUGGACUCGCCGCUGCCUCCUGAGGCCGAUGCCACAGGACACCCCAAGUGCGAGACGGGAGCCCGGCCUCCGGUCACGUGGCCAGCUGGAACCAUGCUAUCUGGCUGGCAGCGAUGGGCGCUGUUCUGUUGGUGCCACAGUGAAGAGCUGGUCUUGACAGGCAGGUUCGGGGAGCAAAGUUUCCUCAUCAAGGACUGA